CCAGGAUGGCGCUAUCAGAUGCUGAGAAGGCGGCUUUGGAGCCCUUGUUUGUGAAGAUUGACGCUGACGCUGAGAAGAUUGGAGGUGAAGCCAUGGAGAGUCUCUUCCAGCACCAUCCAGACACCAAGUCCCACUUCACUCACAUGGACGUGACCCCCGGCAGUCAGGAUCUGAAGACACAUGGAGGGAAGAUCAUCCACGCCAUUAAUGAUGCCCUCAACCACUAUGGAAAUCUGCAGGAGAACUUGGCCACACUGCGGGAGAUGCACACCAACAAGCUGAAGCUCAGUGUGGACACCAUCAAGCUGCUGUGUGGUUGUCUACUGGAGGUAAUCGUCAAGCAUUUCCCAGAUGUGGACAAGUCGGCCUGUGACAAGUUCCUCAAUGAGGUUGCCGUUGCCCUGAUCUCCAGCUGACCGGGAGGAUUCUUCUCAGAUCUAUGUCUCCUGUAACAAGCGUCUGUCCUCCAUGAUACUGAUGACUGCUCCAUGAUCGGGG